CAGGCUUUGAGCUGCAUUAGCCAUCGCAAUUGCGCCGGACUCCCUUUUUGUUCAUAUUUUCUGCGCGCUUCUCUUCCUUCGUAUUCUUCCAGAAUCCGCGCGCAGCUCUUCUUCAUGUCUGGCUGCCGGCGCGUGCUCCCAACCUCCACCUGAAGCUGGCUCUCCCCCCAGGCCGCCGCAACCACAACCCACCAUCUCCGCCUGCUAUUCCACCAUGGCAUUCCAGAUGGCGCCCGCGACGCCGCAGCGUCCCACCCCGGGCGCGUUUAUCAAUACUCCUGCGCCAAAUCGACCUGGUCUCGCACGACAAGCGUCCAUGUCGCAACCCCAGCAGCAACCUGUUCAGGCGCUGCCUGCACCGCCAGCAGAAAGCCCAAUAGAUCGCGCAUCUCGCACAAUCAAUAGCAUGUUGGAUAGAGAUAGCCGAUAUCCAGCCUUGGAGGCGUACAUUGGACAGGGCAUAUCUGGCGAGUACGACAUACCAACCAACCUAGCAUGGUCGCCAUUCCAGAAGCUACGGUCGUACAAACUCCCCGAGGCCGUCUUCGAGCAGGUGGACCACACGCAGAUGUCGACAAGCAUGGGCUUAUUCGCAGAGAUCAACCACGCCUGGGUAGUCGUGGACAACCAGGUAUAUCUGUGGGACUAUACGCAUCCGAACCCCGAGCUCGUCGGAUUCGAAGAGCAGCCGAGCAACAUUACCUGUGUGAAGCUCGUCAGGCCGCGCCCCAAGGUAUUCGUAGAUACCAUCGAAUAUUUACUCGUCGUCGCAACCGUGUCAGACAUCUUCUUGAUCGCCGUCGAGUGCCAGCGAGGGCCGGAAGGUGUACAUGGCAUCACGUUGUACCGGACGGGACUGUCGACGUCCGUCAGAAAGAUCAACGUAACGGCAAUUGCAGGUUCAUCCAAGACGGGACGCAUAUUCUUCAGCGAUGGCCAUACCGAGGACGUCUAUGAGCUCAACUACCAGCAGGAGGACAAGUGGUUCUCUAGCAAGUGCAGCAAGACGAACCACGUAACAAAAUCAGUUGGCCUCCCGGCCUUACCAUUCUACGGAACGACUCGACAAGCAGGCAUACAACAGAUGAUCAUCGACGACACCCGGAAUGUCUUGUAUACGCUUUCCACGAAUGGCACAAUUAAUGUGUACCAUAUGCGCGCGCCCGCUAUCCUAGAAUGCGUCAUCUCUCGCAGCCUCAAAAACAUAGAAACCAUGUGCAGUCAUAUCGUGCGCCAAUCAGAUGUUCUUCACAAUAUGCAGAUAGUCAGUCUGAGCCCUAUCACGAGCACAGAGGCGGAUUAUCUGUCUCUGAUGGCAACUACUUCGUCGGGCUGCAGGUUGUAUCUGAGUACAACUUCUGGUGGCUAUAACGCCAACAGUGCGAGUGCUCCAAACAGCAUGCAGUUGCGCCAUAUUCGGUUCCCGCCCAACGACGGCCAGCCUUCGCCACAGAACAACUCAACUCAGCUACAGCCAUACCAAGGUGGCACACCGGUGGGCUUCGACUCUAAGAUGCUUAGAGAGACGAAGUUCGGGAACAGAUACGCGCCCGGGGCGUUCUUUUCGUUUGUCCACAAGUCGCCAAACGAUCCGAAUCAUAUACUUUUCGUGUCCGCACCACAUUCAGGACUGCUAGGGCAACGGGAGAGUUCUGAACCUCCACGAUAUACCGAGACCGGCUUGCAAUUAGAACUCGUAGGCAGAGUACAGGACAUGGGUCAGGUUACAGAGCCUCUUUCAGCUAGGGACGAGCCUUUGGGCUUCGGGAAUGAGCUGUCGACCCAGUUCGACAAGCCCUUGUGCGAGUUUGCAAUCAUCACAUCAAACGGCAUCGAAACUGUCCGACGGAGAAGGCUUGUUGACAUCUUUGCUGCAAUCGUCAAGUUUGGUGGAGGACAUGAGGGAACGGAGGGCGAUAUUCGGAAGCUCGCCAAGCAGUACGGUCUUGCUGAGACUUCUGCUACCGCUCUAGCCGUAGCCUGCGGUCAAGGUUCGGACGUUGGACCUGACUCUCGGAUUGCCAAAGUAACAGAUCCCGAGGUGCUUGAAUUUGCCCGUAGAGUAUUCAUCGAAUUUGGCGGAAAGGCGCACUUGACGGAAAGCGCCACAGUGGAAGGGCUGAGCGUGGAGAAUGUUCGGGCCUCACCACGGCACGAUGGCAUCGCGAUGUAUGUCGCUCGUCUUGUCCGUUCAAUAUGGAACACACCAAUCAUCAACCAGGUUUCGAGCCCGACUGGACCGGUACUCACAUCAACGCACAAGAUCGCCAAGCUACAAGAGAUUCAGCGCUCUCUUGCUCAGCUGCAAGAGUUUCUUGAGUCGAACAAAUCGUUCAUCGAAGGCUUGGCCGGCCCCGAGGCACUAGGACGGGUUUCGUCACGGCAAGAGGAGGUGGAGCUACAAGGCGAGAAUAGGGCGCUUACCAGCUUGCUGCUCAUGGUCAACAACAUUGUUGAAGGCAUCUCAUUCGUUCUCGUGCUCUUCGAGGAGCGACUUGAGGAUAUAUUUGCACUGCUACCUGAUCCAGAACUGCAAUUGCGGGUCCGGCGACUAACUUUCCAGGGCCUGUUCUCCGUCAAGGAGGGUAAGGAGCUCGCAAGGGAGCUUGUCAAGGCAAUUGUCAACCGCAACAUCACGAAAGGCUCCAAUGUCGAAACAGUCGCGGAAGCCCUGCGGAGAAAGUGUGGCAGCUUCUGCAGCUCAGAUGAUGUCGUCAUCUUCAAGGCGCAAGAAAAUUUGAAAAAGGCGGCCGACUCAGGCGCCAAUGCGGAGCGUGGGCGUAUUCUCCUCAACGACAGCCUGCGAUUGUUCGAGCAGGUGGCGAAGAGCCUAAGCUACGAAAACUUGACUGCAACCGUCAACAAGUACAUUGAGCUCGAAUUCUAUGCUGGCGCUAUCCGGCUUGCCCUCAAAGUUGCGCAAGAGUCAGAUCGUGGAAACAAGGCCCUUUCUUGGAUACGAGAACAAAGUGACAGUAACGUUGAUCCUAACGACGUGCGGAGGCAGUACUUUGAGAGACGUGCUUCAUGCUACACGCUUGUUUGCAAAGUCAUCGAAGCUGUCGACCAAGCAUAUAAUAGCCAAGGGCCUGUGCCAGAAGGCGUGAUAUCUCAAGUCACCCGUCGCAAACAUGAAGCCUACGAGCAGAUCAACAACUCGGACGACGAGGUGUUCCAAAACUAUCUAUACGACUGGUACAUGUCGAAAGGCUGGGCGGAGCGACUACUGGAUAUCAACUCUCCGUUUGUCAUCGACUACCUUCAGCAAAGCUCGGAGAAAAACCUUGCGCAUGCUGACCUCUUGUGGCGCUAUUACGCCCACUAUAAUGACUACUUGAGCGCCGCCGAGACACAGUACCAGCUGGCCAAGAGUCCGCUGCCAUUGUCGUUGGAGAAGCGGAUAGAAUAUCUAUCGCGUGCAAAGGCAAAUGCUUCGACACGAAUGACUGGCUUCUCCGAGACUGGAGUACGGAACAGGCAAUCGAGACAGGAGUUGCUGCGUAAUAUCAGCGAUCAUUUAGACAUCGCCAACAUUCAAGAUGAUGUUCUGCAAAAGAUCAGGGCCGAUCAGCGACUCACUGGCACGCGAAGAGAGGAGGUCAUAGAUCACCUCAACGGCCAGAUACAUCCUCUUGAUGAGCUCUACCAUGACUACGCCGACCAAGCGGCCUACUACGACAUCUGUCUGCUCAUCUACCAUGCCGCUGACUAUCGUAACGUCCCUGAUAUCCGUCACACGUGGUCCAACCUUGUUGAACAAGUCCAUAGAGAUGCCGUCGCAGAAGAGCAAACCGCGCCCUGGGAGAGUGUCGCAUUGAAGGUCGAGGACAUUGGCCAUCGUGUCAACCUUAACGAGAGCGUGUUCCCAGUGAACGUCGUUCUUCAGCUACUCCUCCAGUAUGACAUCGAAUUCUACGCUCACGAUGCUAGUACGGCCCACGCGCAGAACCUCGCUUUGAACGCGAAUCUCACCUGGCCCCUAGACGUCUUCCUUAAGCUCAAUGCGCCAUUUGAGUAUCUCGUCGCGACGUUGGAAGCGUUAUGGUAUGCGCAAGAACAUCCUUUUGCCGGCCGCAACCGCAGGCUGCUUGUGAAAUGGAUCAUAUACCUGAUCGAGCAGUGGGGGGCAGUCAGCAGGCGGACAGGCGCACUCUUUGGCGGUGCUGAGAAUGCGAUUGGGCUGGCAGACUUGCUCCGGGUGGUGCUGGGCAGUGAUGUUCUAGGUAGGGAUGUAGAUGAUCAGAUGUGGAUUCAGAGGGCGAGGGAUGUCAGUGCAACGGUUGAGGAGGCUGCCCGGUAAUGGAAGUAUAAUUACGAAGAAGUAUAGGAGUAGGACGGAUCAGGAAGACUUACAUUGGUGUUUCUCGAAGACGAUUGUGUAUUUGGGUUGGGUCUUCUUAUCAUUCUUUCAGCGCUUGGCGUUGUCUAGGAGCAUCAGAAUUGGCCGGCGUCAAAAGCAUGCAUGAAUGUAUUACACCAUCUUGUAGGAUUGUCACUUAGUAAAAGAUACUGAAAGGAAAGCAGGCAAAGCGAGAGCUAGCUAUCUUGAAUCGAGGAAUUGUAUGCAAAACCGCC